AUGGCCUUUGGGACCCUUCUCACCCAUGGGCCCUCCACUAAAGGCCAGGGCAGCUGUCGGCUAGCGGAGGAGAGUGUCAAGCAUCGGAAGCCGGAUCAUGUCGACACAGAUAGCGUUGGCGAUGGCACUGCUGCCAGACCAUGCAAGAGAGGUAGGCCGCACCGGCAGACAGCGGCCAUGGCCCUGCCUCACAAACACAAUAAGCGCAAGGGAGUCCGCAUCAGCAGCAACAAACACGUUGGUCAGUCACGCACCAACCACAUCGGCCUGUCGAUUGCCAAAGACAGUGCUGCCAGCACCAAAGCAUCGCGUAAAUCUACAGUUGCCAGUAUUGAUGAGACGGCCGCCCGCCUUGGCAAAGUCGUGAAGCAACCCGUUCGUAGAAUGAGCGGCCUCCCUGACAUGUCGUCCGGGCAUCCGGCGAACAUUACCGACAUGACAGUUCAAGCCAUGGCGGAGCUCGGGGACGCGAUCUCUGAAGCUUAA